CCUCUCCCCGCCACCACCAUCAUCACCACCACCACCACCGCCACCCACACCCUCCGCACCACCAUCACCACCACCAGCUCUCCUCCUCUCCCCCUCCCAUCUCCACCACCUCCUCCUCCUCCUCAGCGGGAACCAUGGCGACGGCUGCCGCCACCUCCUCCUCCUCAUCCUCCCCGCCGACGUCAUCGUCGCCUAACAGCAGCGCCCGGGAGCACCUGCUGGCGGUGCGCCGGCGCACCCCGCACGCCCGGCCGUACACAAUCGGGCCCGAUAAUCUCUGCAGCAUGUCGGUGCAGGGCGUGGUCCGGGACUCCACCUCUGGCUCGUCCUCCUCCUCCAUGUCGUCAGGACUCCAGCCAGAAGUGGCGAGCGUGGGACUCCAGCGGGCCAACAGCGACACGGACCUGGUGACCUCGGACAGCCGCUCGUCGCUCACGGCGUCCAUGUACCAGCUGACUCUGGGCCUCGGCCACCUGGUAAUUUCCUGGGACAUCAAGGAGGAAGUGGACGCCACCGACUGGAUCGGCCUUUACCACAUUGAUGAGACGUGUGUGGCCAACGUGUGGGACUCCAAGAACCGCGGCGUGAACGGGACCCAGCGCGGGCAGAUCGUGUGGAGGCUGGAGGCGGGACCGUACUUAAUGGAGCCCGAGACCAAGAUCUGCUUUAAAUACUAUCACGGUGUGAGCGGAGCAUUGAGAGCGACGACGCCCUGUAUCACAGUGAAGAACCCUGGAGUGCCGGUGGACAGUGGAGGACAAGCGGAGGACCAAUCAGGGGCCGAGCUCUCUCGGAAACUCGUCAGCUUCACCCUAUCAGACAUCCGUGCGUCGGGCCUGAAGAAGGGAAUGUUCUUCAACCCAGACCCCUACCUGAAGAUGUCCAUCCGGCCCGGGAGGAGGAGCGGCCUCCCCAAGUUCACCCACCACGGCCAGGAGAGGCGGUCGUCCAUCAUCGCUAACACCACCAAUCCUGUGUGGCACGGGGAGAAGUACACCUUCGUGGCACUGAUGACGGAUGUGAUGGAGAUCGAAGUAAAAGACAAGUUCGCCAAGAGCCGACCAAUCAUCAAGCGGUUCCUAGGUCAGCUGAUCAUCCCUGUGCAGAGACUUCUGGAGGGGCCGACCGCCGAUGAUCAGCCAGUCAGCUACAGCCUGUGUCGUCGUCUCCCGACGGACCAUGUGAGUGGGCAGCUCCUGUUCAGAGUGGACUUCACCUCCAACGGACAUGAAGAGGCCUCCCCGGACACGGGGGGAAACAUCCUGGGCGCCGCGGCGAAUGGUGACCCGGGCAGCCCCUCUGACGACGAAGACCUGCCCCAGCCUUCCUCUUCCUCACGCGUCACACGUGGACCCUCUCCCACGGGCUCUGACGAGGGCUCCCUGCUCGUCAACGGCACUUGUUACUAUGGUGAUGAUAGUGUGUGGCGGGAGCCCGGGCGCGCGGGAGAAGAGGAUCUGCUUCCUGUGGCUCAGGGCGGCCACACACACCGGCAGGUGUCGCUCAAUGACUACCUGGAUGCCAUCGAGGCUCACCGGAGCCCCUUGGACCAACACCUGGCGGCGCCUUCUCCGAAACUCCGCUCCAGCUUUCCGACGGACACGCGGCUCAACGCCAUGCUGCACAUCGACUCUGACGAGGAUGAGGAGACAGCUGUGCAGCACAGGGACCAAUCGCAGGAGGCGAAGACGCAGCAGAGCACGGACUUGGCCUUAUCAAGUAGAUCAGCUGGAUUUCAACAGCGGAGCGAGGGUUCAAAUGGCGAGACGCAGACCGGCGCUACAGCGGAGGCAGGUUCAUCCUCUGGGGCUCAGCGUGUAUCCGAGUGUGUCGGGGCUGAAUCCGGAGCUGAGGCGGCGGAAGGUGCAGCCCCAGGAACAUCAACAGCUAUUGAGGCUGCAGCCGUGCCCGGAGAGGCUGCAGGUGCGUCGUUGGCUGGGGAGACACAAGAAACUCCCACAGCGUCCAGCUCAUCUGAGGCGUCAGGGGCUGAGGCGGACGCCGCGUCGGACCCAGCGGAGUCUGUGAGGGAAUGUACCUGUCAGGAGCAGAGCAACCGGACUGGCGUACAACAGGAAGUACCCUACAGUUCGGGACUCGGUCCACUUUCACCCAUUCAGGAGGUGGACACAAGAAAAGAAGUGGCUCCGAAGGCAGAGGAGGAAGGGGCGGAGUCAUCGAGCAGUGAGGCGAACGGGCCGGUAGUAGCAGCAGCAGCUUCCACCAGUGGCUACGCAGCGGAGCAAGGAGGAGCGACUGCUAGUUCAGCUGUCUUCUUGUUAAUUCCAGGGGCUGAAGCCAGUGGCGGGGACAGGCAGGAGGAGGAGGAGGAGGGAGGGGAGGUGUGGAGGAGGAGGAGGCGGUACAUGCAGAACUGCGGGAGCGGGGCCCAGAACCAGGAAGUGUGCAGGGCCAGAGAGAGUCAGAGUGGGACGUUAGGGGACAGAGAGACAGGUGCCACAGCUCAGGUGAACGGCCACCAGUCUGUUCGCUCCCUGCCCUCCAUCCGCCAUGACAUGAAUCGAUACCAGAGAGUGGACGAGCCGCUGCCGCCCACAGACUGGGAGGCUCGCAUCGACAGCCACGGACGCAUCUUCUACGUGGACCACGUGAACAGGACCACGACUUGGCAGCGGCCCACCGCUCCCCCGGCCUCGCAAACGCUGCAGAGGUCCAACUCCAUCCAGCAGAUGGAGCAGCUGAACCGCAGGUAUCAGAGUAUACGUAGGACAAUCACCAAUGACAGCAGACCAGAGGAGCAGCCGGCCAAUGAGCUGCUGGUGGACGAGACGGACAUGCAACCCUCCAUGCCAGAGCUGCGUAGGGACAGCAGCGUGUCUCCGUCCGGUUCCAGGUCUCGCCUCACGCUGCUACUUCAGUCUCCCAGCGCCAAGUUCCUCGCCAGCCCCGACUUCUUCACUGUGCUGCAUUCCAACCCUAGUGCCUACCGUAUGUUCGCCACCAACACGUGUCUGAAGCAUAUGAUCAGUAAGGUUCGUCGGGAUGCACACCACUUCGAGCGCUACCAGCACAACCGGGACCUGGUGGCCUUCCUCAACCUGUUCGCCAACAAGCAGCUGGAGCUGCCCCGGGGCUGGGAGAUGAAGCACGACCACACGGGCAAGGUCGAGCAACACACCAGAAAUCAGUCAGAAUGUCUCAAGCCUUUCUUCGUGGACCAUAACAGCCGCGCCACCACCUUCAUCGACCCCCGGCUGCCUCUCCAGAGCACCCGGCCCCCGAGCGUCCUGACUCACCGCCAACACCUGACCCGCCAACGCAGCCACAGCGCCGGGGAGGUCAGCCCACGGCGAUUGGCGGGUGAAGACCCUCGUCACGCCGGCCCUCCCGUCGCACCGCGGCCCUCCAGCACCUUCACGUCCCCCAACAGGGGGCAGUGCCAAGACAUAGUGCCAGUGGCUUACAACGACAAGAUUGUGGCGUUUCUGCGACAACCGAACAUCUUCGAGAUUCUGCAGGAGAGGCAGCCUGAAGUCAUCCGGAACCAUCCGCUCAGGGAGAAGGUGCAGCUCAUCCGAGCAGAUGGAGUGUCAGGAUUGGCCCGGCUGUCAGGAGAUGCCGACCUCGUCAUGCUGCUAAGCCUGUUUGAAGAUGAAGUCAUGUCUUACGUGCCUCCUCACGCCUUACUUCACCCCAGCUACUGUCAGUCACCUCGGGGAUCCCCCGUCUCCUCCCCGCAGAACUCACCUGGAACUCAGAGAGCGAACGCCAGAGCUCCGGCCCCCUACAAAAGAGACUUUGAGGCCAAAUUGCGCAACUUCUACCGGAAGCUCGAAACGAAAGGUUACGGCCAAGGACCGGGCAAAUUAAAGUUGAUCAUCCGUCGUGACCAUCUGCUGGAAGACGCCUUCAACCAGAUCAUGUGCUAUUCCCGCAAAGACCUGCAGCGCAGCAAGCUCUACGUCAGCUUUGUCGGGGAGGAGGGUUUGGACUACAGCGGGCCGUCCAGAGAGUUCUUCUUCUUGGUAUCCAGGGAGCUGUUCAACCCUUAUUAUGGUCUGUUUGAAUACUCUGCCAACGACACCUACACGGUCCAGAUCAGCCCCAUGUCCGCCUUCGUAGACAAUCACCACGAAUGGUUUCGGUUCAGUGGUCGUAUUCUGGGUCUGGCUCUGAUCCAUCAGUACCUGCUGGAUGCCUUCUUCACCAGACCGUUCUAUAAAGGCCUGCUGCGCAUACCAUGUGACCUGAGCGACCUGGAGUACCUGGACGAGGAGUUUCACCAGUCGCUCCAGUGGACCAAGGACAACGACAUCGAGGACAUCCUGGAGCUAACCUUCACCGUCAACGAGGAAGUGUUCGGACAGAUAACAGAGCGAGAGCUGAAGCCCGGCGGGGCCAACAUCCCCGUGUCAGAGAAGAACAAGAAGGAAUACAUCGAGCGGAUGGUGAAGUGGAGAAUAGAGCGGGGAGUGGUGCAGCAGACCGAGAGCCUCGUCCGAGGCUUCUACGAGGUGGUGGACGCCAGGUUGGUGUCGGUGUUCGAUGCCAGGGAGCUGGAGCUGGUGAUCGCCGGCACUGCUGAGAUUGAUUUAUCAGACUGGAGGAACAACACAGAGUACAGAGGAGGUUACCACGACAACCAUAUAGUGAUCCGGUGGUUCUGGGCGGCGGUGGAGAGAUUCAACAAUGAACAGAGACUGAGGCUCCUGCAGUUUGUGACCGGGACAUCCAGUAUUCCCUACGAGGGCUUCGCUUCCCUGCGAGGCAGCAACGGUCCGCGCAGAUUCUGCGUGGAGAAGUGGGGGAAGGUCAGCGCGCUGCCCAGAGCUCAUACCUGUUUCAACCGGCUGGACCUGCCGCCGUACCCGUCCUUCUCCAUGCUGUAUGAGAAGAUGCUGACCGCCGUGGAGGAGACGAGCACCUUCGGGCUGGAAUGAGACACCUCCCCCCGCCGACUUCCCCUGAUCUGCCCCCUCAACACCACCGGUGGUCGUGACAAGAGGAAACAGCCGCACAGCUGCUCAGCAUCAGCGGCUGGAAAACGUCCUUGUCAACUGGAUUUAAAAUCCAGUUUAUUGUUUGUGUUUGAUUUAUAGCGGGGCUAUAUUUUAUAAGAGACGACAACGUGAUCCAUAAAGUGGCACUCUGCCCUCUUGAAAUGUGUCACGUCAUGAAUUUUUUUGGGGGUUGCACCUGCAUGUAUUUCAAAAAGACACUUUCACCUGUGUGAUGCGACAGACAAAAGACCCACUCUGCCUUUCCGCACUGGGAUCGUAACGGCCGGGUGGUGUGUUUUUCACUUCCUCUUUGAUACCGUGUACAAAUGUACACGAAGCAUUCACUGCCUUCACUGCAGAAUCUCAGUGGAUUCUCUUUUAUUCUCCUCUUGAUGGACCUGAAAGAAUAACGUGGCCUGUGGCGCCGCCCGGUGGUGAAUUGAAGGAACUGCACUCACGAAGAUGGUGAUUUUCUCGGGGCCUUUUGGGGGAAAAAGGCCGUUUACCUGCUUGAGGUAACUUUGGUAAAGUUUGUGGGAUUUUCCAGUGAACUCGAACCCGCAGAUGAUUUUGGAUUCCAAACAGAAGCUUUGGUUAUCGUUGUUACAGUAUUUUCAUCUACGAGAAGAAGUGAUUUUCUAACGACUAGUGGCGGUGACAUGUUGUGGUUUGAAUGUAACUUACUUUAUGAUGUAGAUUGUGUGGGGAACGUUUUUUUUUUCUACCACACCUGGAUCAACUGGAAGAUGAAGAAGAAAAACUGUAUUUAGCCAGCACUUAUUUGAGUUAAUGAUUAACUUCAUUAACAUGUAACCAUGUUAAUUUACUUUGAUUGUAUUUGAUUGGUUUUGAAACAAGCUUUUGAUCCAGGUCGAUUUUGGAAACUUACCCCAGGCUGAAGAUUUAUUGAUUGAAAGAAAAUUGUAUAGUGAAAUAUACAAAGCAAAUUAAAUGUACACACAGCAGUGGGGAGAAAUGUCAUGCUGGUGUCAGCUCAUGUGACUAAAUCGGUCAAAUUACAUUAAUAACGUCUAUAAGCUGGCGUAGAAACGUCUCCUCUGCAUAUUUGCUGUUGCUCAUUCGAAGAAUUACCUUUCUUUUCAUUAUUAUUAUUAUUAUUAUUAGCUAGUUAUUCACAUUAGCACACUACGACUAGACUCUCUAGCUCCAUGUUGUCGUGUUCUUGUGUUUCCUCGUUUCUUUUCUCUUUCUGCACACAUGAUGUUUGUUCACCUGAAUCUCAUCCCACUUUUUCCGUACGUACACGACCUCUUGACACUGAUCCUCUAGAUCGUUACUCUCGUUAUCAUUUCAUUAGAGAAGAAACUCAAAUAGUAAAAUUUGUGUUCAGUUGAUGAGGUUGUUUAGUGGAGGAUCAGGCUCACAGGAGAUAAAAAACAAACAUUCACUGUCUGUUUUGUAUGAAAAACCAUUUUAAAGGAGCUCGCAGUGAAUCCUUUUCUCUUUUUUGUACUUUGCGAUACUUGUCACUGCCCUCUUCAGUCACAUUCCUCCCUGCACUAUGAAUGUAAGCACGCCUCCGACUGCCUGUCCGAACCACAACUGUACGACCACACCCCCAUCUGGAAGCUUAAUAAAUCAAAAUGAUGAUCUCCUGAUGACUAUUUCUUAGUCUUGACAUAGAUUUGACUAAAUUCACUUCUUUAACUUAGUAAAUCAAACGUUUCACUCUCAUUCGGGCGUUGUAUGAUCUUAGCACAUGAAUUUGUCACAUCGUUGGCACAUUUACCGCUUUUUGUUCUUGUCCCUGGGGAAAAUGUCUAUGAAAAGACAAAGUUACUACAAACAGAAACGGAUAUGUUGCCUUUUUGCGUGCAAAUUGAAAGGAAAAUUUUUAAAAAAUGAUAUGCAAAACCAGGAGUGGCCAAUCCUGUACGUUUUCAGUUCAACAGGAUCAAAUUGAUCCCUUCUCCCAAAGAAAAGAUUCUAUUGACUCCCUCACCGACUGCACUGCCCUGCGUCUGUCUAACCAAAGUCGAGAGCCCUGACCGGCUGACUCACAUCGAGCACGCUGUCUCUUUCUGUACAGUCCACCUCACUUUUAAAUAGGAAUGUUUGUCACAGGUCCUCUCCUGAAAUAAAAAUCUCAUCUCUCUA